AUGUAUUACCAUCAACAUGAAGAAGCAAGGAACAUGCAUAGUUUAAGGAUGCAAAUGCAAGAAAGAGGAAAUGGUAGCAUAGAUUCAGGACUUGUUCUCUCAACUGAUGCUAAGCCAAGACUAAAAUGGACACCAGAUCUUCAUCAACGUUUCAUCGAAGCAGUCAAUCAACUUGGAGGAGCGGAUAAAGCUACACCAAAAACAGUAUUGAAACUUAUGGGAAUUCCUGGACUUACAUUAUACCAUUUAAAGAGUCACCUACAGAAGUAUAGGAUCAGUAAAAGUACAAAUGGACAAACUAAUACUUUCAACAAUAAAAUUGCUACACCAACCACAGAAGUGGAAAGCAGAAUGUUAGACUCAGAAUCAAGUGGAAUUCAUAUGAAAGAUUUAAGCAUAGGACUCCAAACAAACAAAAAUUCAGAUAUAAAGGAAGCAUUAAAUAUGCAAAUUGAAGUGCAAAGAAGACUACAUGAGCAACUUGAGGUACAACGACAUUUACAACUACGAAUAGAGGCUCAAGGAAAGUACCUUCAUUCGGUGCUUGAAAAAGCUAAAGAAACAUUAGGAAAACAAAACUUAGGUACUAUGGGACUUGAUGAUGCAAAAGUUCAACUAUCCGAGUUAGCAUCAAGAGUGUCGACGGAGAGUCUUGAUUCUAAGUUUUCUGAAAUAAAAGAAUUGAAUAUGAUUUGGCCUCAACAAAAACAAGAAGUUGAAGCCAUUGAGUAUUCAAUGGGAAGUUUCUUAACCAAUAGUGAGGAUUCUGAAAGAGAUCAAGUAAUGCAUAAUAAUGGCAUGAAUUUGAGAGCAUAUAAUGGCACAUUUUGUGAUGAAGUAAAAGGAUCGAGUGGAGUAUCUGAAAAUACCUCGCGCCUUUUAUCCAUGAAUAUAGGAAGAGCUCAUGAAGAAGAAUUGUUUUUGAGGAGAACUAUGUCAAAGGAAGAUUUAAAGGGUGAAGAAUGGAAAAGAAGAAAAGUUAGUGAAACUAGUGGAAUGCAACUUAAACUUAAUAGUGAAAAAAUUUCUCAAGAUUAUAGACUGGCUAACUUUGAAGUGAAAUUAGACUUGAAUUCUCAAGAUAACAAUGAUGCUUCUUCUCACUGCCAAAAAUUUGAUUUGAAUGGUUUCAGCUGGAAUUGCUAG